CUAUUAGUACCGUCCCGCCCGGAUCCCGCCUCACAGCGCUCCGCCAGCAGCAUGCCGGGGCUCCGCGCCGCGCUGCCCGCCGCCCUCCUGCUCCUCCUCAGCUCCUUCCCGCCCGCCGCGGCGAAGGAGCACCCAUGGCAGUGGCUCCCGGGCAAGAUGCGCGAGCUGAACCCUAACAACCCCCAGGCCGCCAUUGCGGCGAGGGUAGCGCUGUACCACAUCAACUUCUACAGGGCGUCCCCCAGCCUGCUGUUGACGCUGCACCGGGUGCUGAAAGUCAACGUGAAGGUCAUACCAGGAGGUGCUGUGAAGUAUUACCUGCAUUUUUCUACCAAAGGCUACACAAGUGGGCAAAAUGCUGGGAGCUGCCUUGCUACAGUCUUGUACCUAAAGAAGCCUCUGCCUGUUGUCCGUAUCGAGUGCACACACACCCAAGAUCAGAAACAAGCCCAAGAAGAGGACAACAAAAUUUACCAAUAUUUUCACCAUCGAACGAAACCAAUAAUUGCAAAAGAUAUUCCAGACAGCCAUGGAAAUAUUGAACAUGCCCUUCUUCCAGUGAGGGCCUUGGCUUUUGCUGCUAGCUGUUACAUCAUGUUGGAGAAGUCAAAAGAGAACUUGGGUUUCGACUUGGCACAAAUCAGGGCUGUGAAGCAGUGGAUAAGGAAGGAUAACGUUGAGUUUGAAUUUAUAGUCGCGAUCUAUGGAAUUCAAGCACAGGAAAUGUACAUCUGUCACAUGCACGUCAUUUGGAUAAUCAGUCACCCUCUGUCACUGAAAUACCUCUGCGCUUCAGAGAACCAUCGGGUCGAAGAUGGAUCUGGACAGGAGCUAGGAUCGGCUGCUGGAAUGUCACAUGAAAAGGGAGGCAAUUUUUAAAAGAGAUUGUCAGCUUUACACACACAUUAAGUGGGAAACCUUUGCGUAACAGGCCUGGAGUUGUGAUCAUUUUUCUAUCCGAGUCUCAUUACAGUAAAUUGGAAUGUUUUCACUAGUCUAUUUGUUCUGGAAUGAACCUCUGUAGUUUCUCUAAAUUAAUGUUCUAGGGACCUACCUGAAACCUUUGCUACUAUACAUACACAGAUAAGCAUACACAAGUUGAUUAUGUCAUUAACUUUCUGUUACUUCAGUAACAAAGUUUGUGAACAAAAUUAAUAUAUCGGAUAAAAAUCUUGAGAAAAGUAUUGAUCUGUCA